AUGACGCGCUCACUCGGAGCUCCUUUGGGAGCCGCGCUGCACGCGUCGCUGCUGCUGGUGCUGCUGGCUCACGGCGUCCAGAGACCCAGAGACGGCUUGGCCGCCCCGGAGCGCGCGGGCGGGCACCGCCUGCCGCUCUACAUGAUGCACCUUUACAGGAACUUCAGGUCGAACUUCUCCAAGCCUUUGGAUAAUCUGGAGCGAGACGCGUCAAAGCGCGCGGAUACGGUGAAGAGUUUAAUGGCGAAAAGUUUGACGUACAAACACGAGCGCUGGGUGGUGACGUUUGACCUCAAUGUCCUGCUGGCUGACAAACACAUCCAAGCAGCAGAGCUGAGAAUCAAGCUUCCUCGCUCACAAAAUGCUUGGAACAUCACCGUGGAGGUGAGCAACCUGGACCACAAUCCAGUGGGGCUGCUCAAUGAGUCGUCUUUGGUCACUUCUUCAAACAGCUGGAAGGUGUUCAACAUGACCAGCCCUCUCUUGGGCUGGCUUCGGCAAAACUCGGCAACAAGAAUCCAAAUCCAAAGAAUACCGAGACAAAGGGAAGUGCAGAAAAUGACAGACCUGCCUGUUGCAAGUCUGCCUGCUUUUGUGGCGCAGAACGUGAGUGACCGGGCCUUGCUGGUUGUCUUUUCCCACACGGGAUCGGAUAAAAACUCCAGGGCCAAAGCAAGCUUGCUCCGCACAGCUGAACAAUCCAAGUUCUUGUCCUCCGCUGAAAUCGAAAGGGUCCACUGGCCAAAGAGGCGUAGGAGCAAACGAGGCCACAGAGAACAACAAGAAGUGAGAAGCCCGCAGGCGUUCACGAGAGGGGGUGAAAAGUCCGUCUGUCGCAAAGUGGACCUGGAAGUGGAUUUUAAUCAAAUCGGCUGGGCGUCCUGGAUCGUCUUCCCAAAAAAAUACAACGCCUACCGCUGUGAAGGUUCCUGCACUGGUCCUCUGGGAGAAGACCUAAAUCCAACCAAUCAUGCCUUCAUGCAGAGUCUGCUGAAACAUUACUGUCCGGAGCGAGUGGUGACACCGUGCUGUGCUGCAACCAAAAUGAGCCCGCUGAGCAUGCUGUACUACGAGAACGGAGAAAUGCUCCUUCGGCACCACGAAAACAUGGUCGUGGAUGAGUGUGGCUGCCAGUGA